GGCAGCACACAUGCGUUGAAGAAGAAAAGCUUUCCCUAUGUGGUGACACUGACAACAGGGAGGCAAUCCUGUCCUAGAUAUAACACAGACAUCCUUCAGCAAGUCAAAGAGAGAGGCACUACAUGCACACACAGAAAGUGAGACAGAGAGGCAGACGGUCGGGGCAAGCAGACAAAAAUAGGCGCAGACAAAAGGACAAACGGAGGCAGAGACGGGCGGGGAUACUGCAGAAGCAAGGAUAAAUGGGAAGGAAGAGAGAGCAAGGAUAACGAAGAGGUGGCCGCUCCAUCUCCCGCCUGAGAGAGAAACAUGUUAGCCAUUCAGAUGAGAGCAGGGAGGCAGUGAGAAACCAACAACCCCUCCUGAAUGACUGUCACAAUGAAGAAUCUGCAGCUAAAACAGUUUUGACAAAGAGACACAGAUCGGCAGCGUAUGCUCAGAGGAGACAUUUGUGUUGUGAACACUGAGAAACAACAGAAGACAAAACAUUCUGAACAGAUCCACACUGUUAUGAGGGGUCCCAUGACACUGACGCAUAAUAAUUACAAGCAGCAUCCACUGUCAUCUUUCUUUUGGAAAACACUCUCAGUGUUGAGCGCAGGUACUGUGCAGGUUUUUAUUUUGACAAAUUAGUCAUAAGUCUUGAGAGUUUUUGUAAAGAAUCAGAGUUGCACCACUUACGAUGCACACUUCAGCCUCCAUGGUGACGGGGAUUGUCUUCGCCCCUUUGGGAUUGGUCCUCAUCUUCACCGCCGCCAUCACACCUCAGUGGAGAGAGAGACAGGCACGUCUGGGCCCGGGGUCAUUUCUUCGGUCAGGAGGAAAAGGUCAAGGGACGAAGGUCAGGUCCAGAUCCAUGGAGGUGCUGAUCUUACUGCGCUCUGAUGGACUUUGGGAGAGCUGCCUGCAGGUGGAGAACUCAGAGCUGAAGCAGUGCUGGCCUGUUGCAGGUCCAUAUCAGAGAGACCCGAGGGUUCGCCUGGCACAAGGUUUGAUCCUGACCUCGUUGUUCCUGUGCGGCACUGGCAUUGUGCUGGCGUGUAUCGGGGUCCGGUGUUGGACAGAUAUACCUCUGAGAGGUAUAGCAGCUACAGGUGGACUCCUGGUGGUGAUUGCCGGGCUGCUGAGCCUGACUGCACUCGGGGUGUACACCCACAACCUUACAAGACUGGGGAUGGAAGAUCCAAGUAAAGGGAUAAAUAACCCCAGGUUCCCCCCCCACCUCAGCCUGCGUCCUGCCGGCUCGCUCUACUUUGGGUGGCUCGGUUCAUGUUUACAGAUGCUGGGAGGCAGUGCUCUGCUGUUAAGCUUCAAACGACCAAGAUACCCGACUUGCCCUUCCUGCCCAAAGCUACCUGUCUGCCCCGCAUGUCGUUCAUGUCCGCAGAUCACCAACAAGCCAGAGACCGAUGUAUAUGAGGUCAGCUGUUAGAAUGUCAACCUCACACUAAAAAUAAUUUAAAGGUGAAAGUUUGCAGCUCUUAUACGAAUGUCCAAUCAGUGAUGAUGGUAAAUGUAGCCAAUUGAAGCUAUAAAUUCACCAGUUGGUGCUUACAUUGACUUACAUUCAUUUCCUAGAGACGUACCUUAAUCAUAUCCGAAUCCUAAUCCUUAUCCUUACUCUAACCUUAACCU